AUGUCUGCUCAGGCGGGAAAAUGGAAGGAGGAGCAGGUGCUCGUCAUCUGCCCCGGCAGCCAGACAACAAUGGCACAGCUGGGCUGCGGAGAGCUGACGCCGCCCGCCUACCGGUUCCCCACGCGCAUGUUCAAGGACGAGGACAGCGACGACUGGCAGCCGUACCACACCUACAAGAGGAAGAAGGCGACCGCGGUCAAUGGCAGUGCGAACGGGGUGGUGGCAGGUGGUGAUGCGCCGAAGAAAGAGGAGGAGGAGUAUGAGUAUAUCGAGGACCCAGACUCCACCGAGGGAGCUGUCUAUCCCAUCCAAGGCGGCCGCAUCGUCAACAUGGAUGCCUUCCUAGCCUUCCUCGACCACGUGCAUGGCACCCUAACCACCACCUACCACAACACGCCCAUCAUGCUCAUGGCCUCGCCGCAAUGGACGCGCCCUGACUGCGAGACCAUCUCGCGCUACAUAUUCGAGAAGACAAAGACCCCAUCGCUAUGCCUGAUUCACAGCGGUAUCGCCACGCAGUACGGCCUGAAGUGGUCUAACAUGACCGUGGUAGAUAUUGGCUUCGAGAAAGUCGACGUCACGUGUAUCUACGACAGCCGCGUCGUCAGCCACAAGGACCUGGGCUACCCCGGCGGCGAGCCCGGCCAGGAGGGCCCGCGGGCGAUCAGUGGCGGGGAGGUGUUCACGCGGAAACUGCAGCAGCUGCUGAAGGACAAGGACUUCUCGUACGAAAUGGCCGAGCAGCUCAAGAGGAGCCACAUCUGCGAGGUGCUGCCGUACGCGCCCGAUAGCCCACACCUCAUGGAGCUGCCCGAGGAGACGGCCUCGAGUCAGGUGCCAGUGGCGGCGGCGGCCCCUGCGAACCCGGCCUCCGCGGCGUCGGCGACGACGGUGGACGGGCCCAAAGUCAUAGAGCCGGCGCGCCAACCGGCGGCUCCCGGGGUGGACGAUGAUGACGAUGUUAAUGGCGAGACCAAGGGUGUCAAUGAGGACGGUGUGCUUGAUGUCGCUAGUAUCGUCACUAGCGGCCAGACGAAGGAAUUCUUGGCAAAGAAGGAAAAGGAAAAGCAAGAGAAGGCCAAGACGAGACAAAAAGGGAAGGGCCAGGAGGCGGCCGAUGCUGCGGCAAACAAGCCAGUCAGGUUACCAAACUCUAAGAGGCUCAAGAACAUCUUCCACUACGAGGAGAUCGUUCAAGAAGAUGCUCCAGCGCCCGCUCCUGCUCCUGCUGCUGUUCCGGCACCGAAGCAGAAUGGUGCCCCUAAGGAGGUGGACAUGAGCGACGCAGCACCACCCGCCGCACCAGCUGAUGGCGAUGCCCAACCAACGACCGAGGAGGGGCCCAAAAAAGAGGGCGCUGAAGAACAAGAGAAGCCGGUGGAGAAGCCCGCUGAGGAGCCCGCCGAACCGCCAAAGGAGCAGUCCAACGGAGAUGCAGUUAAAAUCGAUGCAUUCCUUCCACCUCCAGAUUCAACCGCUGUUGUGCCCUCAGAGCCAAUUUCGAGGCGCAUCCGUCGGGAUAUUGAGAUUGGUCUUGAGCGAUUCACAUUUGCGGACAGAGCAGAGAUUGAUCGAAUUGUCACAACUAUCUACCGAGCGGUGCAGGGAAUCGAGGAUAUGUACAUGCGUCCGUCGUGCUGGGAGAAUCUUGUCUUCGUCGGCAAUGGCUGCCGAGUUCGCGGACUCAAAGACAAUAUCAUACAGACUCUGCACGCGCGGCAUCUCAUCUCUCCUAGCACGGCGACGAUGUUCACCUCAGAACUCCCCUCCAACCUCGCCACGCCCUCAGGUACCGGCUCCCAGACCCCAACAGGCAGCUUCACCGCCCCGCCCCAUCAGUUGCCUACCUCUUCGUCCGUCAAUCCCCUCCUACAGGCCGCGACAACGGCAUCACUAGGCCUGCAGACGGCGGGCUCGAACGCAGGUGACGCGCCGCACUCGCACCACUUCCACAGCCAGACCCCGACGUCGAUCAAGCUGGCGCCGCUGCCAACGUACCUCAGCGAGUGGACCAAGAAUGGCUUCGAGGAGGCCAUGUUCCUCGGCGCGCAGGUUGCAGCGCGGUUGGCAUUUUGCGUUCACAACAUGGACGCGCAGGGCUUGGAGAGCCAGCGGAUGAUGAGCCUGAACAGAAUUGAUUAUAACGAACUGGGACCCAAGGGAAUCCGGACGCAUUCCAUGCUUGGUUAG